AUGACUGACACCUUCACAACGACUUUUCCGACUACGCCAAAUCCAACAUGGACUUUACCGCGUUUCACACCGCCUCCAGAAUGUCUUGAUACGAAGAGCGUAUGGAAAUUGGAUACGGAUUGCUACUCUGGCACGGCGCAGGGGCUUUACAGAACGACACGCACGUGCGAUUACCUCUGGCUGGGAUAUACUGAUUAUCCUCACACUACUGGCGGUCUUGGCCAUGGAUUGAACGGCUUUUGUGGUCCAGGCUGGAGCCAUCCAGCAACGGAAUGUCCUGUUGGAUAUACGCCUGCUCAUACCGUCGACUACACGCCUGAUGCGACCACUUCGCGGGAGAUAUUAUGUUGCCUAGCAGCAUAUGACUUUGAAUGGAGAAGACCUACCCUAACAGAUCAAAGCGGCAGUUCAGCAACACCCUACGACAGAUUCUGCGUUGCGUCCAACCUUAGACCAUCACGCACUUCACCCUUGACUCUAACAGCCUUUGACCUCUCAUCGGCAAGCUCUUUGCAAACAGAUACCCGAGUCUCAACAACAAUAAAGUUCGAUCCAGAAAAAGACUUGCUUCUAGCAUCAGCAGUCACCAUAUCUUAUCAGAUCAACUCAGGCGGAACCACGUGCGUUCCUGACUGUGCUGAUCCGUAUACUGGCGGGCCUUGGCCACGACCUGAACAAACAGUUACUCCAGCUCCCCCGUCACCAAACGAUUCUGGUCUGGUAGGACUAGAGAAACUUGCCUGGGUAGGAAUUGGGUUUGGGAUUGUGGCUGGGCUGGGGAUCAUAGCUUGUAUUGGAUGUUGUAUACACCGUAGAAGGAAGAGGAAGAGGAUAGUUGCUGCGGAGGGGCCUGCAGCGAACCCAGGAGUAGAAGAGGGUCAAAAUCAGAUGUCGGUAGAGCUGCAAGUAUCGAAGGGACGAAAGUCGGAAUAA